AGGACUAGCCCUGGAUCUCUCUGGAGCUGCUUGUGCCUCUUCCUGGUCUGGGUCUGGUCUCUCACAUACUAUUGCAAUGCACUGCGGGCUGGGGCAGGGGGCAUCAUGCACAUAGAAAUCCCCUCCAGUUCUCACAGAGGUUACAAAACUAACAGAAAGUGAAACCGCGCAAACCAUGUGAGCUUCUUUCUCGGUGUGGAGCGACGCUGCCGAGCUCACAGUGAGAUCGUCAAAACGAUCCUUCCGUGCGCCGUCUACGGGUUCAAAGGGUGAGCUGAAAUAGCAAGUUUCUUAAAUGUAUACUCCCUGCCGCGCAGGGACCAGGAUAUUACAGUGUGCUGGGAGGGGACUGUGAGAGAGCAGACAAGGAUGAACACGUAUGAUGACAAGUCUGGAAGAAGAAUGGGCCAAUCACAAGCAAAAAAGGAAAGCUACGUAGGGAAGCCAGAAGCAACACCCGGCAGCAUGCAGUCCCGGUUCAGUGAAGUGUCUGUGUUUCUGCUGGAGGAGAUCCUGGUGCAAGUGCCAGCCUCGGACCUUGUCCAUCGCUGCCGGCUGGUGAGCUCGCUGUGGCGUGACGUGGUGGACAGCGCCUCCCUGUGGAAGAGAAAGUGCAAGAGGGAGGGGCUACGACCAAGAGACCCCGCCUCCUCACCGGCGGACUGGAGACUCUUCUACUUCCUGAGCCAAUGGAGGAGGAACCUGCUGAGCAACCCGCGAGCCGAGGAGGGUUUUAACAACUGGACAUUGUGCUCAAACGGAGGCGACAACUGGAAGAUCGAACCCAUUAACCCGGAGCAUGCCCUCCCUGAUGAGACCGUCCAGAAGUACUUUGUCACAUCGUACUCUCUCUGUAUGAAGUCCCAGAUCAUUGAUCUGCAGAAGGAAGGCUACUCAGUCCGCGUGCUUGAUGAGAUCCGGCCCGACAUUGUCUGCAGCGACUGGUACGCUCCACGCCGGGACUGUGGCUCGAAGUACGAGGUCUGCAUCCAGCUGCUCUCUGCAAAACACAUAGUGAUCCAGCAUUUCGAACCUGAGCCUGUCAUCUUCCCGCAGUGGAAUGACAUGGAGUGGAAGCAGAUGACACACGUGUUCAGUGGCUAUGGGCGUGGGGUACGGUUCGUGAAGUUCAGCCAUGGAGGCAGCGACACGCAGUUCUGGGCGGGCUGGUACGGGAUCCGAGUCACAAACAGCAGCGUGGUGGUGGAGGCUGAGCGCAGAGCGAGGCAGUGAGGCACGGGACAGCCUCCCUGAAGAGGCACCUGGCCUGACAAACACAGCAAGAAAUGACACCUGGAUUGCACAAGAAAAACAAUCAGCUUCUAGGUCCCCUAAUACAGGACCCCCCUUCCUUAAACUGCCACAGCCAUCAUUCCAGCACAGUUUGAUAGGAAUGUUCCAGGAUCAUGGGAAUCCCGAAUGCACAUAGACAGGGUAUAAAGGGUUAAUCAGUCAGCUGUACCUGGUCAUGAAGGGGUUACCAGCUUUAGACUUCGCUGGCGCUCCAUUGGGUUACACCAUGAAUAUGAUGUGAGCGUGGACAGUGAAAGCAAGGCAAUGCACAGGCGGCAACUCGCUGAAGCAGCGCUACAAACCCUGGAGAAGCACAGGGCGUGCCUGGAGUAAGCACAGGAAACUGUGAACGCUCCACACAUGUUUACUCUGAAUAAAGCAGCGACUAUCCCAGCAUUCCCUCGCUCAUUAACCACACACCCAGUCAGGAGCCUUUGGGGGGUUUUGUUUUUCUCGCUAUGGUCACCAUCCCAAAGAAGCUGUCUUUUUAAAGUAGUGUCAGGUACCAGGAAGUAACCUCACUCAGAUCACAUUGAAGACAGUAGAAACGCUUGUCAUUGAAUGUAUUUUCUUGUAGUAUUUGUUUUAUCUGUCUGUGAGGAGUAUGUUAUGUAUAUACAAAUUUAAAUAUAUAAUGCUGCAGUCCAGCCUGUUGAUGGAACUGCUUCAUUUCACCUGCGUUAAAUGUUACAGUAAAUUAUCAAUCACAAACCUCAGACCUUGAACUUCUGAUCAGUAUUCCUCCAACCCCUCCCCCCUCCCCCUCCCCCUUCGCGGAUGUAAUGAGGUCCAUUUCUCUUUGAUCCAGUUUAAAAAGAUUGUUAAUGAGAGUCAGCCUAGUUUUACAGACAUAUUACAAUGGUGUGUCAAAGACAAUCUAGCACAAAUCUGCAGCAAGAAUUAUACAUUACAUCCAAUUUGUGUAAAGGCUGCUUGGGAGCAAACUCAUAUAGUCACCAUGGUCUAAGGGGCAUUUCUGUGAAAAAAUGUUUUUUUUAAAGGAUAGAACACUUUAAAUAAAUACAUAAAUGACA